AUGACUACUGUCGGAAAAGACAUUGUACAAUAUGGCCUUACAGAAGUGUACGCCGCCUCGGAUCCUCUAGUGGAUAUUGUGUUUGUACACGGGCUGAAUGGACAUCCUCGCGAUACCUGGUCGACCGCCAAACCCGAUGUCCUCUGGCCGGCCGACCUCCUUCCUGCGGCCCUUGAAGAACAGAGACCCCGAAUUCUAACCUACGGUUACAACGCGACAGUGGCUGCGUUUACAGAUGGAGCAUCAAAAGACAAGAUACACGAUCAUGCAGAACAUCUCGCAAGUCGAUUGGUUGCGAAUAGAGCGUUGAGCAAAGCACAAGAGAGACCGAUCAUAUUCGUCUGCCAUUCUCUCGGUGGCCUCGUGGUCAAGAGAUGUCUGAUAUACUGUCAAAGCAUUCGCCAUCAUCAGCACACGGAGAGACUGCGCUCCAUCUACGUCUCCACAUAUGGAAUACUCUUCAUGGGGACGCCUCAUAAUGGGUCGAACCUCGCCAAAUGGGGCUCAUUGCUCCAGAAGGUCUGUGCCGCUGCUUUUCCAAAGAAGUUCCUGGACUCUUCGCCGCAACUGGUGCAAGCACUACAGGCCAACAACGAAACUCUACAAAACAUCAACAGAUUGUUCAUCGAGAUCAUCGGUCGCUUUCAUGUAUACUUCUUCUACGAAUCGAAGCCUACCGACCUGAAAGGGACAAGAGAGUUUGUGGUUGAGGAGGAUUCAGCUGCUCCCUUGAUUGAGGGCGUCGAACGCAUGGGCAUCGAAAAGGACCACAGUCACAUGUGCAAGUUCGAAGGCGAAUCAAGCCCUGGCUACGAUGUGGUGGCAGCAGCUAUCCAGAGAUACGCCAGCGAUUCCCAGGCACUCAUCAAGUCUCGCUGGGAUGAGGAGAACCGGAUAGCUGUCCUGCUAAGACAAGCAGCCGCACGUGAACUGCUCGGUGAUAGCAUCUUUCAGAUGGGUGCCAGGACCUCAGGUACUGCGACGCCGACCGGUAUCGCUCCGGAAAGUGGUCAGCCAAUAUCGCUAAAUGCUUCGACGGCUUCGAUUCGAGGAAACGAAUACACUUUAUCUCCAUCAAACUCUUCCAGUCUCCUGCUUGUGGCCCCUGUCGGCUUUAGGCCCAAUACUAUGUUCUACGGGUUCGAAACGGAACUGGACCAAUUGACUCAGAAGCUGGGAAACCAGAAGAGACGAGCUUUGGGUACCUGUGCCGCUUUGCUAUGGGGCCCUCCUGGUUGUGGAAAGACUCAAAUCGCCCGCGAAUUUCUUUGGCAACACCGCAAAGACUACCCUGCGGGCAGUUUCUGGGUCGACUGCAAGACAAAAGAGUCAAGAUCCAAGAGCUUCUGGGAAAUUGGCCAAGCUGUGGCAAUACUUGGGAUCGAUCAGCCGUCAGACCCUGCCUGGGACGAAUCAUCAAAAUUUGUCGAUGCGGUGCGAAGAUGGUUUGAAGCUCGUGAAGGAUGGCUUGUAGUGUUCGACGGUGUGACUACUGAUAACGACGACGAUAUACAAGCACUUGUUCCUUUCAUCCCCGACCGCUCGGGCAACAAUCUUAUUUACACUUCGGUCGAUUCUACUCUAGCAAAGCGGCAAAGAUUGCUCAACCCGGCAGGAAUCAAAGUAUCUCCGCUGUCGCAGAAGGAAGCCUGCGUCUUUCUGUACAGGAGCCUAGGAAUCAAAGAACCGAGCGCAUUGCAGGAAAAAAAGGCUGUGCAGCUGGUGACACACUAUGAACACCUUCCUCUCGCUAUUCAUGCUGCAGCCCAUGCUCUUAUCGCCAGAGGAACGUCGUUGGAGAAAUUCAGCCCAGGAAUAUCCGAUUACCGUCUUGCAGAGCCUUUCCUCGACAUUCUUUCGGCGCUGCAAGAUCAUGCCCAUCCUGAGGCUAUCAAUCUUGUUACUCUGCUCAGCCUUUUUGCUCAUACAAUUCCCGUUGCCCUCAUCCGGUUUGGACAGCAGGCAUUAUUGGACCUUGGGGUGGAAACGCGAUCAGUAGACCGUGCUGGAAGCAUGAAAAAGGAGCUGGACAACACGAUUGCUGUACUAAUUCGAUACGGCUUGGUCGAGCGGACACUGCUCGAAUAUUCUGUUGCUUCGCUCCAAGGGUCACCGUCUCCAGAGGAGCAAAGAAGUCAGCCUGCACCAGCUCGCUCCAUGGAAACUACUGAAACUCAAAUGCCGCAGCUGGGCCGGCAUGAUUCCAGCAGCCUGGACACCCUGCCUGAAUCUCGCCCUGACAGCACAUUUGAACGGUCAUCUACUCAGUCGGUCACCUACAGUAUUGACAUCCUUCGAAUCCAUAACGUCGUACAGCGUGUUAUCUGUGACGAGCUGAAGUCCCACAGCGCAGAUCAACCAAAACAAUACUGGUGGUGGCUCACCGUGGCUUCGAGGAUGAUCUGUCAGUCCUACACUGUGGCAGAUGGCAAGAUCAAGAGUUCCGAGGGACGAGGACUUGUUCGUGAUUAUCGAGACUAUGAGACACAAGCAGCGCGUCUCUGGUCACAUUUUCCCAAAUCAUCUGCCGAUGCUCCACCGGCCCUCCGGAAAGCACGCCAUAUACUUCAUGCAACCAUUCGGGAUAUCAAGAAGCAAAUCCAAGAACAAUCACCAUCGCACUCCUUUGACAGUGUAAAGCGUCGGGUACAAGCUUCAGUGUUUGAGCGAGCAAACAGCACAUCCUCCGGCAGUCCCGACAGCGACGACGGGCUGACACGGGCGUCAACAUGGACGUUGGAGCAAGAGGAAAGCCAAACGGAGUCACCAACUCGAAUGUCUCAUACUGUUGACGCUGAUGAUGCCGGGUCUGAGGGUAGCUGGACAGAUCGGUGGUCAGAGUCAGGGAUCGGCACGUCAAGGUUUCUUGAUGUCCACUCCAGGCGACCAAGCGUUGCUACCGCACAUGAAAACACUCCAGCAGAAGCGAGCGUGACGAAUGCCAGGCAAUCUUCCAUCUUACAAGCGAUAUUUAAGGGUCAUGCUGCACCGCCCAGGAAGCCAAAAGAUCUGGGUGAAUGGAAGCCGUUGCCAGCAAGCCCCAGCCUUUCCCACGACCAGGCAGAGGUUCGAUCACGACCCGCGUCGUUUUCCGGCGCCAGCGAUGACCGCACAACCAGGUCUAGGUCCGCAGGCUCGGGAGCCUCUGAGGCUCUUGCAGCAGUCCAUCGAGCGAGUCCCCCGCCGCUGAGAGGAGGGAAGAUCAAAGUACCAAGUCGACCACACUCUUUGGAAAGAUCCAACCCGGAUGACGGGGAACAGACGCUCGCUGUUCGAUCUCCCAAUCAGAGAAUGUCACCCUUAGUCGCCAAAUUUGAACCCGGGACACUCCCUCCCACGAUCGAUGCACCAGAAGCAGGCCGGAAACAUAGUCGCCGCCUGUCAUCAUCCCCACGCCUUUUUCAGACUGCACUAAACAAUCAGGCUGCAAAGACCAUCUCGAGUCCACUGAUUGAGGAGAACAUAUCCGUAACUCAACGAACCGGAAUCGCUGACAUGGCUACCCUCUCCAAGACUGUUCCUUUUACUGGAGGAAGCGAGCUGCUUCAUACGAGCAUCAUCCCGACAGGCUACACUUCCCAGCCCAUGUCACGCGAUACUUCUAGAGAAUCCAAUGCCUCGAGCCUUGCUCAGCUUCCUUGA